AUGCACUUCACUAGCUUCCUCGCCCUGCUGGCUGCUCCAGUCAUUGUGACAGCCACCCUUGACCCGGCUUCAUCGAAUACCAAGGGCUACAAGCCCGACAGCCUCAACUGCAGCGCUGCCAAGGUCUCCACCGCCAUCCAAGCCGCUGAGUGCUCCCACAACACUCGCACCUCGAGCACCCAGACCUUCGCCGUCUUCGAGACCGACCACCAGUACGACUCCUAUAACGGUGCUCCCUACGGCACCUGCAGCGCCUACACCUGCACUGCCCCGACCAGCUCCGAGCUGGAGGCGGACUCGGACUACUGGAUUUUCUACUGGAGCGACGAGGGCGAAAGCAGCGGCUAUGGCACGACCUGUAUCAAGGACCCCAACACUGGAGAGUGUGGCUGUGAGAACUCGGAUGGCACUUUCGUUGCUGGUAGCAGCAGCUGCACCUAG